AUGAUUGGCCUACAAGAGAAAAUGUUGAUUAAUCUUCAGGUUACAUUGUUACAAGCCAAACCCGCUGCUUCAGGCAGUGGCGGCGGAGAUAAGAAACCAUCAGGUAGUGAAAAAAAGCCUGCAGCUGCUUCAUCUGAAAAGAAACCAGAAAAGAAGCAACCUGCACCAGCUCCUUUACUUGAUACCAAAAAACCAACUGAAAAGAAAUCUGCAGACAAGAAACCUGCAGCUGAUAAAAAACCAGCUCCCGAAAAGAAAUCUGCUCCUGAAAAAAAACCAGCUCCUGAAAAGAAAUCCGCUCCUGAAAAAAAACCAGCUCCUGAAAAAAAACCGGCCGACAAAAAAUCUGCACCAGCUGCUGCUGACAAAAAACCUGCAGACAAGAAGAAGGAUGAAUCUAAAUCAAAGGCAGAAUCUUCCAAGAAAGCUGAUCAAUCUAAACAGGGUAAGAGUGCUGAAAAAGGUACCAAACGACCAUCUACUGAAACUGAAAAGCCUGGACCUGCUCCUAAGAAAUCUACAGCUAACAAAGGAGCUGAUAGCAAAUCUAAAAAAGAGCCAGAAAAGGCCAAAAAAGAAGCUACCAAGAAGAAGGCUGCUGAURCACCUAAAUCUGCCCCAGCAGCUAAAAAAGCAGCAACUGAUCCAGCUGCUCCUAAAGCACCUAAAAAAACUGUAGCUAAAAAGGACAAGCCCAAGUCAGCAGCCAAACCUAAAACAGGAGAUAAGAAAGAAACCAAAGCUGCUGAUAAGACCAAGAAACCACUUAAAGGUAAAUCAGCCGCAGCUAAGAAAAUGAUCAAGGGUGCUGCAGCUGCUGCUGCUGCUAAGCUCAGGAAAGAAAAGAAAGCUGAUUUGGCCAAAGGUGUUAAAGUUGGAUCAAAACGUGAUGCUGUAAAGAAAGCACUGAAGUCCAAAAUUAGGACUUUAAAAGGACCUCAUGGGACUAGAAUUCGCAAGAUCAGGUAUUCCGUCCACUUUCGUCGUCCAAAGACUUUCCAGCCACCGAGGAACCCAAAAUACCCAAGGAAAUCUGUUCCCAAGAGAAAUAGGAUGGAUGCUUUCAAUAUAAUCAAAUUCCCCUUGACAACUGAAUCUGCAAUGAAAAAAAUUGAAGACAAUAACACUUUAGUCUUUAUUGUUCAUUUGCGUGCUAAUAAGCACCAUGUAAAAGCUGCAGUUAAAAAGAUGUACGAUAUCAAUGUGGCCAAAGUCAACACUUUGAUCAGGUAAUUCACAAAAUAUUCAU